UCUCUCUCUCUCUCUCUCUCUCUCUCUCUCUCUCUCUCUCUCUCUCUCUCUCUCUCUCUUCCUCUCGAUUUCCGGCUUCCUCUCUUUUGAAAUUUCCAUCGCGAUUCCGUUUAUCGCUACGUUUAUCGGCGAUUGUCGAUCCUGGAUCCUCUCGAUUUAAGUUUGAUUUUUCGUAAUUGAUCGGGAUCGAGUGACAACGUCUUGGAAUUUCACGAUGCCAUCGCGCCUCGAUAGAUACGUGAACGAAUCGUGAUAACGCGCGUUGAUAUCGAUAUCAAGUGAGCAAACGCGACAUCUCACGCAGACGACGACGCGAGCACGGCAUGACAAGAGGACGGGUCCACGGGUUCGGUUGGUUGAUUCAUACUCACGAUGGUAUCUGUCAAUGAUUUGGCGCUAUAUUUUUACAUUGCAUGCGGCAUCACCGCCUGCGCGCUUAUCUUACUUUUCGUUUUGGUGAUCGUGCUAUUCAUGAAAGUAAAUCGAUUAGCCGAGGACGGGUCCAACCAGCUAAACAAACAGACGAACAUGAUGGCAGACUUUUGUUACACCAAUCCUACAAUUGUGCCAGGGGAAUUGCUCUCUCGUCGUGGCUUUUCCAUGUAUAGCGGAACUGACAUCUUCGACGAAGACUUUGGCAAGAAUAAAAAUGUCCAUUACGGAACGUAUCAUGAAGCUCGAUCAAAAUUCUGACAAAAUUCUGAUAAAACUGGAAUAUAGAGAUCAAUUGAAUUAUUAUAGUUUAUGUACAGAGUAAUUAAUUAUUGAUUCAAUAGAAAUUAAGCAAUCCAAGUUAAAUUAGAGUUAAAUUAGAUUACUAGCUAGUUAGAGUUGUAAUUACUAUUAUUUACUUCUUAAUGUACAGUAUUUCUCUGUGUAAUUUAUUACAAAAUGUAUACGCUUAAGUGUCGAAAUUUAAUCUUUCUUCUUGACUUUACGCAGAUGUUACAUGUAAAUAUAAAUUUCUAUAGUUUUUCUCUGUGGCGUGAAAUAAUAUUCAAAGUUCACAAAAUUUGAUAAUUGGAGAAGUUGAAGGACCAUUUUAUUGAAGUUAAUUUUUGAUUUAAAUGAAAGUUAAUUUUUAGUUGUGUUGUGAAAUACGUUCCAAUAUUGCAAUAUUUUUGAAUAUCUCCAACAUUAUUGAACAGAAUUAAUAGCUAUCUUAAAGAACAAUAGAAAUGAUAAGACGACAGAAUGAAAUCAUUUAUUUAUAUUAUUAUUAUUAUAUAUAAGACUGUAUAAGAUUUUCAUCUCUGUCUGUUUUAUCGGUCUUGAGUUGCCGGUAAAUCUGAAAGUCUAGUCUAGAUGUCCCCGUAUGCGUCGCAGAGAAAAUUCUACACAGUGCUUCAAAAUCAUCAUACUCUUUUUCACAUUUUUCACAAGCUUGAAAAAAAUUUGAAAUGCGUAAUAUCGACGAUAUUUUCUAGUAGACAAGAAAUAAUGUUAAAUUUUGUGAAAUAUACUAGUCGACUCAAUCUUUUUUUUCUGACAGAUUUCGUAAUUGUUAAUUAGAUCUGCGAAGAUCUAAUCAAUAAUUAUCGAAUUAUCGAAUUAUCGAUGUAUUGAUCACGAUGUAAUAUAAUUGUUUGUAUAAGUAAUGUGCAGUACCAAAGAUAAUUUUGCUUGAAUUAAACAUAUGAAUGAAACAU